CUGCGGUGAGCACUGUGAUUCGCUCCAUUUGACUUUCCACUGAGUUACUUUGGAAAAAAUGAUACAUAUGACGUCGUCGAGGUGCGUGCAAGCAAUGCGACGCCACUGCAUAAAAGAGCAAUGAAUCUAAGAACUUCCGUCAACAAUGUCGCAGAAAGCCCUUUUGCUGAAGUCGAAGCGGGGCAUAUUCGAGCUCGGGACAAGGAACAUUCCCAAGCCAGGUCCGGGAGAAGUCCUCGUCAAGUCGUACGCGGUCUCGUUGAAUCCCAUCGACUGGAAGAGCCAAGCGUAUGGCCUCUUCCUCCAGGACUCUGACUACCCUGCCAUCCUUGGCCAGGGUACCGCCGGCGUUGUGGAGGAGGUCGGCGCAGGUGUCACGCAUGUGUCCAAAGGCGACAAAGUCAUCUCUCGAGGCGAUAGGACUAAGGGUGCUGACUUUGCCGGCUUUCAGCAGUACACACUUGCCGGGGCAAGUUUUGUAGCCAAGAUUCCAGAUUCCCUCCCCUUUGACGAGGCAUCAUCUAUCCCUGCUUGCGCGGACACUGCCUCCAUUGGUCUUUUUGCGCCAAAAGAAGGCAACUUGACAUUCCCUGACAGACCUGGCACGUACGAUGGGGAAGCUGUUCUCGUCCUAGGUGGCUCCUCAUCCGUUGGUCUUUACGUCAUCCAGUUCGCUCGUCUUGCAGGCUUCUCCACCAUAAUCACGACAUCUUCGCUCACACACGAGGGAUACCUUAAAUCACUCGGAGCCACGCACGUCAUCGACAGGCAUCUCUCCCCCGACCAGAUCGUUGCCCAUGUCAAGGCAAUUACCUCCAACCCGAUCAAGGUCGCUUACGAUGCGAUCUCAGAAGCGGACACUCAGAAGACUGGAUGGGCUUUACUUGCACCAGGCGGCCAUCUGGUGCUAACUCUCCCAUCGACGAUACAGCCUGAAGCGGGCGAUACGCGUACGGUUAAGCAAGUGGUUGGCAACCCUUAUCUACCAGACAAUAACGAGUUUGGCAAGAUGUGGUGGGCCAAGCUGCCUGAGUGGAUUGCCGAAGGGAAGAUUAAACCUAACAAGAUUGAAGUAGUCCCUGGGGGCCUUGGCGGUACUGCCGCGGGCCUUGAACGUCUGAAGGCCAACAAGGUCAGCGGUGUCAAAUUGAUCGUUCGUCCCUUUGAAGGGACUUGA